GGAGGCUGAGUGAGGGCAGCAGAGAUGCAGCAGCGCAGAGCCGGGCAGCACUGGUGUUAAAGAAGAAACGGAAUCAUAUUCCUUGCAAACAUGGACUUUUUUCAAAGAGCACCCCCUUUCUUGAUCCAGCUGCAGAAUAUUUUGCGGAAGUAUCCAGAUGGCGGACAGAUUUUAAAAGAGCUGAUACAAAAUGCAGAUGAUGCCAAAGCCAGCAAAGUGAUCUUUGUCUAUGAUGAAAGACAAUAUGGUACUGAAAGGAUUUACUCAAAAGAACUCUGCAGUAUCCAAGGUCCCGCUCUCUUGGUAUACAAUAAUGAAAUGUUCACUGACAAGGACUGGGAGGGAAUACAGAAGCCUGGAAAUAGCAUCAAGCGCAAAGAUCCUGAUACAGUUGGGAGAUUUGGUCUCGGAUUCAACUCUGUUUAUCACAUUACAGACUACCCAUGCAUUUUUAGUGGAAAACACAUUGGAAUCCUGGACCCGCAAGAAGAUGUUUUCCGUAGAGGAGGCCUUCAGUGGAGCCUUGAAGGAAGCAGGCAAUGGUUAGAUGAGCUGGCAGACCAGUUUCACCCAUUUCAGAAAGGUUUGGAAGCUAUUGGCUGUGGGACUUGGAAUGAAGUCCUUCGCACAGGCUGUUUCAAAGGCACAGUAUUUCGUUUCCCACUUCGAGUGAAACCCUCUGAAAUUUCUGACAAUAUCUACAGCUCAGAGAAAGUGCAGGAACUUUUUGAGUCCUUCAUUAAAGAUGCAAACAUCAGCCUCCUUUUCCUCCGCCAUGUCAACUCUGUGUCACUGAAGAAAAUUGGCAGUGAUGGUAAGGUAUGCGAUCUGCUGACAGUCAGUGUUUCCACAGAAAAAAUAGCAGAAAAACAUUUAGAAGAUAUAUCCGCAAAGACAUAUUUUAAGGUUACUUCUCUAAAGGUUUUCGGGAAAGACAAAGAAGAAUGCAAGUGGCUGGUCACAACCAGCUCAGUACAUGGAAGUCUCUUCUCAGACCUUAUUGAACUAGGUAGUAAGUUGUGUAACAAACCUGCUCUUGACUUGGCGUAUCCAUUAAGCAAGCAGGGCAUUGACUUUUUUGCUGGUCGCCUGAGUUGUGUUCUGCCGCUUCCUGACAAGGAGGAAAACCAAACAGGUCUGCCUGUUAUUAUCAAUGGAUGCUUUGAUCUCACUGAUGACCGCAGAAGCAUGAAAUGGCUUGAAGUUGACCAGCAGCACGAUGAAGCAGCCAAAUGGAACCAGAUUCUGGUGGAAAGGUUGCUUCCUUUAGUUUAUACAUGUGCUGUCAAGGAUGCUGUAUCACUGGUAAAUUUGUCAAAGAUCACAAGAGAAGCAGCAUAUGCCAUUUGGCCAGACCCAGCAAAGACUGAACACAAAGGAAGAUGGUACACCCUAACCAAACAGAUGGCCAGUUGUCUCACGAAGGAAAAAAUACUGCAGACCGCUGGCGAAUGCAACUGGAUAUCGGCGCCUGAAGCUGUAUUUCUGUUUUGUGAUAAUAAAGAACUACUUAACUGCUUAGAAGAACUUCUCCUACUGCAGAAUGAGCCCCUUGUUAAGGUUCCAGGGCAUGUGCAUAAAACACUCACGCUCGCUGAAAGCAGCGCUAAAAAGCUAAAUAAUGUUUCUCCGUCUUAUAUACGGAAACUCUUGCAAAAUGGAGACUGGAGAACCUUUCCGCACGAGAAAAAACUGCUCCUUCUCAGAUACAUUAUCAGCGAUAGCCAGUAUAAUGACCUACUGAACAUCCAGUUGCUGCCAUUAUCCGAUGGGACAUUUAUAAGCUUCCAAAACACAGACAGUUAUGGCAUGGCAUACAUUGAUAGCACAGACUUUCCCAGAAUUUUGUUACCAGGAUUCUUACAGCGGUUUUUACCCAGAGAUAUUCCAGAAGAUCUGCUUUCCCAGCUUAGAAUCAUUGGACAGAGAAAAAUUUUCAAGAACCUGGUGUGCUUAGACAUCGAUGUAAUAAAAAAGAACCUGAGUGCAUCCCUUCCAAAAACUUGGCACGGUUGUGGCAACCAAGUCAUCUGGUAUCCUGGAGACCCAAGUAACCCACCAAUUGAAUGGCUUAGCGCAUUCUGGGCAUUUCUCCAACGUUAUAACUGCUUGAACUCCUUUGAAAAUCACCCACUAGUGCCAUUAAACUAUAUUUCUGGAGGCUGCAACAGUGUUCGUCUUGCUCGACUGCAGAAAAACUCUGGUUUGCUGUAUCAGAACAAAGAAAGGCACAGCUUGAAUGACUGCAUUGCUAAGGUGCUUGAGCACGUUGGCUGCACCAUUAUAGGAAAGACCAACUCGUGGCUGUGGCAUCAAAAACUUGCAGAGUACAUCUUGGAGCCCACUCCAAAUAACAUCCUAAAAAUAUUUUCUUAUUUGAAUUUGAAACAAGUUACACAAACCCUGGCUAGAAUGCCUGCAACAACCUUACAGAUGUUGGCCAGCUUCCUUUCACAAGCCUACUCCCUCAGUAUACCUGAAAUGAACAUUAUGCACCAACUGCCUAUCUUUUCAAGUGUGAAAACUUUAUCUCUCUCUGACUCCACACUGGUACCUGCUUUUAACUUAAAUGCACUGGAGAAAAACACUUUCCCAGAGGUCCCUGGAAGUUUGGUGUUUCCAAUGACAGUCAUCAAAUGCAGAGAUGAAGCAGACAAGAGACUUCUUUGCCUAAUGAAUAUCCCUUUUCUACAUGCUAAAGAUGUAGCAUUACUUUUAGUGAGAGACAUUCAGAAGGGAUCAUAUAUACAUACUCCAACAUAUGUGCCAGAUAUAAUGCUGUGGAUUUUGCGCAAUGGUGAUACACUGUUCACCCAGAGUAAAGACCUGAGAGAACUUUGCAAAAAUCUUUCUUUCAUCCCUUACAAUGGGAAAUGCAUCCAGCCCUCUGUCCUUUUUGACCCUACAGUAAAGUUAUUUAAAGAACUCUUUGAACCAGAGAGAUUCCCACCUGCUCCUUACAAUGAAACUGCGGUGUUGAAGUCAUUAAGGACCUUGGGAUUAAAGGAUGCCAUACACAAAAUCUCAAUGGAUGAUGUUCUCCAAAUAUCAAAUAAAAUACGUCAAGGAGAUUAUCGGUUAUCAUUAAAGAAGGCCAAAGCUCUUAUAAAGGUUUGCAAUGAGACUAGUGUUUUAUUACAAUGUAAUAAAAGGGAUUUGGACAGUCUCUGCAGCCUUCCUUGGGUUCCUAUUGAAUCAAAGACUUUGCUUAUUGAGCCAAGAAAGCUUAAAAGUAUGAAGUACAGAGACUUUGUGGAAUUUUCAAUGAACAUAACAGAUGACUUUAAUGACUCUGCAAGUGAGAUACUUGGCUUAAACCAACCACCGCCUCCUGAAAAAGUAAUUGAAAAUCUUCAAAUUCUUAGUGGAAGGUUUCGAGAGAUAGACACCUUCUCCUUCCACAGAAAGCUGCAUAAUGUUUACAAAUACAUUCAAGACAACUGGUACCAGUUCUCUGCAUCUCUGCAGCACAUGCGGAUUUGGAACGGAGAGGGCUUCUCCAACGUAGGUGACAUUGUUUUGUUCUACCCUGAAAGUUUGGAAUUAAGCUCCUAUGUAAAAAAAGUACCUGAGGAAUUUCUAAUCUACAAAGACCUCUUCAUCAAAUGCGGUGUCCGUGAGAAGCUGCCGGAGAGCGAAGUGACUGGCAUACUUUAUACACUGCAGAAAAACAUAAGCACUGGCUACAAGUCUGACGGUUUGAAGGAGAUGAGGCUGGCAAUAUCCAUCUUGGAUUGGAUGAAAUCAAAAUCAGUUCGAGGAAAUGAUGACCUUCCUAUUCCAGUAGAGAAUGGCAGAAAUGGCUUUAGCCUACAGCCACUGUGCAAUACUGUGUUUUGUGAUAUGGAUAAGCAGCAUUUAAAUGACACUCCUGCUAACAGCACAGACUAUCACGUUGUUCAUGAAGGUGUCUCCUCCGCAACAGCCAGGUUUCUAAAUAUUCCACUUCUAAGCACUAAGGUACUAAACCCAGAGUUUUUUGAGCCUUGGGGUCCCUCAGAACCUGUCACACUUAGAAUAAAAAACAUUCUAAGAGAAUACAGUGAGCAGGUGGAGCUUUUUAAAGAACUCAUCCAGAAUGCAGAUGAUGCAGAGGCUACUAUCUGCCAGUUUUUAGUUGACAUGAGGCAGAAUUCUGAAUCACGGCAAAGUCUCAUAGACCCUGACAUGGCCAACUGCCACGGAGCAGCGCUUUGGUCUUACAAUGACCGCAAGUUCACAGAUAACGAUUUCCGUAAUAUCACACGUAUCGGGGCUGCCACAAAGGAGACUGAAGUGAAAAAAAUUGGGAAAUUUGGUUUGGGCUUUAAUACAGUGUAUCACCUUACAGAUGUACCAUCAAUAAUGAGUGGAUCAAAUGUUCUCAUAUUUGACCCCAAUAUCAACCACAUUAAGAAACACAUUUCAAAUUCUGGAAACCCUGGAAUCAAGCUGAACCUUCAAAUGAAACCUGAAAUUCUUAAUGUAUUUUUAGAUCAAUUCCAGCCAUUUUCCGGGGUGUUUGGCUGUGAGCUUAACCAGCCAUUUUACUAUGAUGGGACUCUAAUCCGUCUGCCUUUCAGGACAGAGAAAGAAGCCAAAGACUCCCAAAUCUGCCAACAAGCCUUUAAUAAAGAGCAGAUACACAGUUUCAUUCACAAUUUUGAAGAAGCAGCCAGUACUCUUCUCAUUUUCUUAAAGAAUAUAGAAAAGGUAACUUUAAACUGUCUUGAAAAAGAUCUCUGCCCUCAGGCUGAUGAAUCAAGGGUGAUGGUUCAAAGAGACAAAGUGCAGAGUUUGGAUAUGCCUCGCAAUAUGAUUCUCCAACAAGAACAAAUGAAUUCACUGAACGUGCUUAGAAUGAACGUCAACAACUUAGAUGUUACUGGGUCACAUAUAAUAAAGAUCACAGUGACGCAAACUGAGACAACUGAGGAAAUGUAUUACCUUGCCCAAUCCAGCUUAGGAAUCAAAGAGUCGAUCCAGAUGUUCAGUCAAAAUAAGAAACUAAAUACUUACCUUCCUGUUGCUGGUGUUGCUCUCCCAUUAAAGAAACACUGUGAUACUGGAAAAUGGGCCCCUAAUUUGAGCAGCUUCAGUGGAAUGGUUUUCUGUUUUUUACCCCUUCCUGUCUGUUCUGGAUUACCUUUUCAUCUUAAUGGAACCUUUGCAGUUAUGUCCAAUAGAAAGAGCCUGUGGGAUACAACAGAAAAGGGAGAAUGGAAUAGGACAUUACUUGGUGACGCUGCUGUAGUUGCACUGAUAACGGCUUUGGCACAGUUACAGAUACUGAGCAACAAUGGGGACAUCCAGGACUAUUCUUAUCACACAUUUUGGCCUGACAUCACAAAAUCUAAGACCCAGUUCACUGAAGUGGUAAAAGCUUUCUACCGAGCCAUAGCUUUUGGAUUAGAAGAUUGUUUUCCUGCACUUUUUAGCAAUGGCCAAGAAUCAUGCUCUAUAAAAUACGCCUGCUUUCUACAAUUAGGCAAUAUCCAAGAUGAAGGAAUGCACAAGUUGGCCCAAAAAGUUUUCUCUACAGUUCUAAAGAAACCAUACAUAGCAAUUCCGCUUCCAGAAAUGGUCAAAAACAGUUUUAAUGCUAGCGAUUGUUCUAGUAAACUUCUUCCAAAUACAUAUGACUGUGAAAGGUUCUACAGGGAGAUUGUGCUUGCAAAUCCGGUCUCCUUAGAUGUACAAGAUAGAAAUGCUCUCAUAAUUUAUGCCAUUGAUUUGCAGAACAAGCAGUUGGAUGAUCUGUUGAUGUCUCAGCCUUGUAUUCCUUCAUCUAAUGGAAAGCUACAGUUUAUUGGGAAACUGGUGCACCCAAAGGGCAAAGUAUCAUUAUUGUACGAUGAACAGGAGGGCUGUUUCCCCCAAGGUGCAGAAUUUUUGGUUAGUCACAGACUAGACCGUUUAAAAACACUAGGUAUGAGGAAAGAUUCACUUCCAAUGGAUGAACUGAUGGAGAGAGCAUGUAAAAUAAAUAGUGUUUGGAAGAAGGAUGCAGAAAAGGCCUUGCAACAAAUCUGUUGUGUACUGGAGCUACUGGAAGAUCUACUUUACCUGUUCCCAGAUAGUGGAUAUGAAACAGAUUUUAGAAACAUUGUGUUUUUACCUGCAGAAUCCCCCCAAAGUCAGCAUGAAGGUGCAAAGGAUCUUCUUUUGAUGAACUCACUGGAUCUAUACCACUUUAAACAUAAGGCUCUCGUUUGCAUGAUUAAGCCAGUAUUAAGCAAGGAGCAUGUUGCAAAACAAGCAGCGUUUUCCGACAGAAUGUUACAUUUCUUGGGAUUGGAUCGGAUUCCUACAUCUGAAAUGAUUUUGAUGCAAUUGCAGGAAGCUUGCAAAUUACAAACUUUGUUAAGAACGGAAGAUGUUUCUCAGAUAGCAAAGAACUGCUAUAACUUUUUAAACAAGCUGGUGCAAAAGGAGCCAAAUCAAUUACAACAUCUUAAAGAACUAACAGAAUCUGAUGAACCUUUUGUGUAUGUGGGUAAUGGGUUUAUACCAGUAAAUUGUGUUGCACACAAGAUGCCAUUUGAUGUAUCACCUUACUUGUAUGAGCUGCCUAAGGAGUAUCAAGCAUUUGAUCAGUUGUGGAAAUACAUUGAGCUUAGUGAGGAAUUUUCCAUUUGCCACUAUGAGGCCGUUCUAAACAAAAUCCAUGAAAAGAAUAAAGAAGCCCCUCUCCCAGAUGAUGAGCUCAAGGUUGCAUUACGUUUAAUCAACCACAGUGCAGAGAAAAAGUAUUUUAUGGAUGACCAUAAAAUACUCGUACCAGACACACAGGGCAUUUUACUACAUGUUGAUCAGUUAUUCUUCAAUGAUUCCCCCUGGAUAUCCUUUGAUGAGGGUCUGCAUUUUUGCCAUGAGAUGAUCCCACGUGCUGUUGCUAUAACACUGGGUAUCAAAACAAAGACUCACCAUACACUAGAAAGACUGACUGUUUCUAAUACUUUCAGCUGGUUUUCUGACUUCGGAGCAAGGGAAGACCUUGCUACACGUAUCAAGAACAUAAUAAGGGAGUAUUCAUCUAAAAAAGAUAUUUUCAAGGAACUCAUUCAGAAUGCAGAUGAUUCAGAUGCUACUGAAAUCCACUUUGUCUUGGACAGUAGAAGGCACCAAACAACUAGUACUUUUGGGCCACAGUGGAAUCUGCUGCAAGGUCCUGCUCUUUGCAUUUACAAUAACAAGAAAUUUACAGAGACGGAUGUAGAAGGCAUUCAGCAGUUGGGCAAAGGUGGAAAAGCUGAUCGACUGGACAAAACUGGAAAAUUUGGCCUUGGAUUUAAUACUGUGUUCCAUAUAACAGACUGCCCUUCUUUUAUUACUGGAGACAGUAUGAUGUGUAUCUUUGACCCUAAUCUACAUUUUUUACAAACAUCACGUUUUGAUAGCCCAGGUGGCAUGAUUAAUGUCAAUGAUGAAUUCAAGGGUAGAUUUGGAGACAUAUAUAAUACAUUCCUUCCAUCCUGGUUUGAUCUGCAAGAGGGGACGAUUUUCCGCUUGCCUCUGAGGACAGCAGAAACAGCGGCAAACUCAAUGAUAAGUGACCAGACUGUGUCUUUGGCUGAAAUGAGGCAAAUUUGCGAUGAGCUGGAAAGAGAAGCCGACAGCAUGGCAUUGUUCUUGCACAGCAUUAGCAAAAUAACAUUUUCAGAAAUUUCAGACAGAGAUGAGCUUAACCAAAUCCUAACAAUUGAAACCAAAAUCGAGGGACUUCAGAACAACUGCAGCGAUUUUAAGGAAAAACUCAAUCAGUUGGCAGAGAAUGAUGCAAAUAUGUUUGAGGCUGUGCCAUUCAGAAGGUUUUUCCAGUUGCAAAUAACAUCCAGCAGCUCUAAAAAAACACGACGUUGGCUUUUAGCUAAACAGAUUGGGUUUGAAGGGAAUGACUGUGUGGCUACAUUACAGAAGAUUUCUGGUGGUUUACAACAAACUCUUAUUCCACAUGGCGCCGUGGCUGCUUGCCUUAAUGAUUUUCACUUUACAAAUAAAGGCAAGGCUUUUUGUACUUUGCCUCUACCAGUAGAAACUGGACUGCCUGUACAUAUCAGUGCUAAUUUUAUUGUGGAUUCUUCACGCAGGGGAAUCUGCAAUGAAGAUGGCGACAGUCUAAAGACUGAAUGGAACAAAUUUUUGCUUACUAAUGUCAUUGCUCCACUCUACGGCAGUCUCCUGGAUCUAAUUCACAAGGAAAUCAUUAGCCAUAAAGAUCCCAUUGUUUUUAAAAACUGGGAUUCCUGUAAAUUAUUUCUAGAAAAGUUUUUAUAUUUCUUCCCAAGCAUUACAGUGUUUGUCCCACCCCUGUGGCAUGAUAUGGUCAAUCAAGUCUAUAGCACAAUUUCUGAAAAGAAUUACAGAUUUAUUCCAGUUUACAAGACUCAGUCAGAAGGAAAACUAUUUAAAUGUAAAGAGCAGGUACAGGUUGAGUGGUCAGCAGUUGGCCAAAGUUCCAUCUUGGAAGAGCCAUACUUUCUUUUUGAGGAAGAAUAUAAAAUGAUUGGAAAUGUUCUGCAUAAUAUCGGCAUGAAAGUAGCUUUUGGUGGGCGUUCACAUUCAUUGUAUAAGCAGUUAAAAGCAGCUGGAGUUAAAGUGAUGGAAUUAUAUCCCAAAUCGUUAUGCAAUUUCCUAAAGAACAUUCCACCCCACUGCCAAGGAAAACUACCCCUGCCCAUUUCAGCUACACUUCUCAAGGAAGCGAGGAAUUGCAGAUUACUGCUACAAUACUGCUUGGAUAAACAGACAGCAGACAAAGUCGUAGACCUACACGAUGUUCCUUUACUGCUGACUGAAGAUGACAUGCUCCGAUAUUUUAAUAGAGAUGAUGUUAAAUAUUACUCACAAUUUUACUAUCUGUUUUCAAGCUGUUAUGAAGAGUUUGCACAAUCUCAAGGGCUCUGCCGCCAUGAUUUGUUAGUGAAAUGUGGCUUCUUGCGGGACUUAACUGUAAAAGAUGCAUUUCGUUUGCUGAAAAAAGAGCCAGGGCUUCCAUGCCAGUUAUCACCUGAGAGAAGGGAGGAGCAUCCUAAGCUCCUGAAAGAGAACACAGAGUGGAUUAAAAAGCUGUGGCAAUUUUUUGACCAUGAAAUACAACAGAACAGAAAAGCUGAAAAUGAAACAUGCAAAGAAAUUGUAACAUUGUUUACUGACUGGGCAAUACUUCCAGUAUAUUUUAAGAAGUAUCCCAAUGAAACCAUUCUCCUUCCACUCAGGGAGCUCAAGAAAAGUUUUGUUGAUACUGGGAGUGAAGUUGCAAAAUUACUUUAUAAUUUAGGAUUUCCCAAGCUAAACCGCUUAACCUUCGACAUAUCAAUGUUCUAUAUUAAACCAUAUGUAAUAAACACAGAAGACAGUUUCUCAGUGCUUGAACAGCUUUGCUCUAAAACAGAUCUACACUGGGAGGAGCUUGAAACAUUUGAAAUUGACACGCUGCUUAGGUUUUUUCUAAAUGAUUUAAAAACAAAUUCUGCCAAAAAAAACUUUAUACCUAAACUCCAGACAUUACCAUUUUUUGAGACUCAUCAAGGCAAAAGACAGAGUUUCAAUGGAUAUAAAAAGAUUUAUAUUCUCGACAGCGCAUUUCACUUCCAGUCGAAAAGGCUGUAUGAACUGGACUCGCACACUGUUUUCCUCAAAAACACUCAGCUCAAUAAAGAAUUUGCAAAGUAUAUAAACAUUUCUUUGAUCAAGGAAGUUCAGUUUCUUUCGGAAUAUUUGCUUUCGCAUUUUGCAUCACUGAGUGAAGAUGAAUUUGUUGAAGUGCUUUUGCUGAUUAUGGAAAUAAAACACUUAGAUGACUUUACACGUGUAAAAGAUGCCGUUGUUGCUGCUCUCAGACCACUGAAGUUAAUCGGAGACCGAAAAAGAGGACUUCAAAAAGCCUCUUAUUUUUUUGACCACAAGGUUAAAUUAUUCCAUACUUUGGAGCUUGACUCAAUGUUCAUCCCUGAGUUAUUUUUCAGCAAAUUUAAGAAAUAUGAAUCUGAGUUUCAUAAACUAUUACUGGACAUGGGGUUAAAAAACAAGCUUUCGGAAGAUGAGUUUAUUUCUUUAGCAAAAAAAGUUGAAAAAGAUGCUGAAGGUGGCUGCUCUUUAGAAGCCCUGAUUCCUAAAGGCAAUGGGUUGUUCAACUAUUUGGUGUCCAUGGAUGUAAAAACAAUGACCAACGGGUUCACAGUUAACGUAGGGAGCAUUAAAUUCUUGUUUCCUUCAAAAGUUCAGGAUGAUUUAAAAUGUCUCCAUCCUUCUUAUACCAAGGAGACCAAAAUGAUUGCACUGAAAGGUUCUCUUCUAAAGAAAACCAAGGACUAUGAAUCAUAUGCUUGGACUUCAAUGGCCUUUUUAAAUCCAAUCCCAGACCUCAAAAAAGAUGGCCUACUUAUACUGGAGAAGUGCGGAGUUUUUCACAUCCCACCAGCAGACCUAGUUGUGGAAAACUUAAAAAAUGUCUGUGGGGUAACAUGUGAGACCAAAGCUCAGUUACAAACACGGAGUAAAGUCCUGCAGACUACCUACUAUUUCCUUCAAAAUGCCAAUGUUGAUGUUAGUAUAUUAUCUGAUAUUCCAUUCAUUUUAGUGGAAGGUGAUAAUGUAGCAAAACCAGGACAAGUUGUUUAUAAUCUCCCCAAUGAAAAACAUUUACAGCCAUAUCUUUACAAGUUACCGCCAUUACUUGCAUGCUAUAGUGACUUGUUUCAGAAAGUUGGAGUAGCGCCUGAGGCAACCAUCAAUCACUUUGUUGAAGUUCUUUCCACAAUUCAUGAAGAGACUGUUGGGAGAGAAAGCUUGCAUGGCAAUCUCAAAAGGACUGUUUCUGAAGUCACAGAACAUGUUUUUAAACAUCUGGAACAAAAUAAAACAUGUCUGGAAAAUGUUAAGCUGCUUUAUCUUCCAGGUAUUGAUGGAAAACUUCAUGAAUCUUCUACGCUUGUGCUUAACAACUGCUGUUCUCCAUUUGUAACAAACAAACUCUGUAACGUUUUUAAAUUUUUUAAUUUUCAACAUUUAAAUAAUGGAUAUUCAUUAUCAGACAUAUACAAAAGACAAGAACUAAUCAAACUUUUACCUUCCCAUCUGCGUCCAAAAAUGCUUUCACAAAUUACAGAGGAAGUUAUUUCCAUUGGUGCAAAUGAAUAUUGUGGUGAAGGAGAAAAUUGUGAAAUUCCUUCUGGUUUACAGCAGCUUCUGUUUUCUCCUGAGUUUCAGGAGGGUCUGGUUUGUCUUUUGAGACAUGAAAACGAUGGGAAGCUUUGUGAAGAGGAAGCUAUCAAAAAAUGCAACACUAUAUUUGGAAAAAUUGAAAUCAGAUGCUGUCUUAAGUUAAAAACUAUCCUUGUCUUUGAAAACAAAAAAUUAGGUGAAACCUGUCUCCCAAAAAUUGUGUUUAUCACCAGAGGCGAUAAAGACCAGUAUACAAUGUACGUGAGACACACUGGCUUAAAGCAUAAAAAAGACUGGGUUUCAGUGGUACAUACUCUCACAGAUGCAAUAAAUGAUUUAAUGGACAAUGCAUUUUCAUAUAAGUCAUUAAAAAUCCUCAUGGAAAUGCUACAUUGUGAAAGUCCUGAGGAUGUUAUUGGUGUCCUAAAAGAAAAAAACAUAUGGAGUAAAACUUCAGAGAGUCACUAUGCAUAUAAUUUGCCCAAGCCAGGAGAACCCAUCCCUGCUGAAUGGUAUGAUGCUUUGGACAUGAGCAUUUUAAAUAGGUUCAAAGUGGGCGAUUACGUAGGGUACCAGGAUCCUUCAGAAAAGGAACUAUAUCUUUAUGCUGUUAUAGUUGACGAACUGGAGUGCCGCAUGUUUGCAGACUGCGAAAUUCAGAUGUACCGUAUCAGCAUUGGCCAAGAUAAAACUGCUGAUGUCAGCGUACUUGAUUUGUAUCAGUUCAAGAGAACUGCUAGCCAAAAGAGCAAAGAGCUGGUACUGGUGGAGAAUGCCGAUCAGCAAGAAGAAAUACGUGCAAAAUGGUAUGAAACUGCAAUAGGAGAUAUCAAGAAAGAAAUUGACACCUAUCUGGCUAAAAUAUGGUCUCUACCAGCAGAAGAACGGAAUAAGGCUAUCAGAAGACUUUAUCUCAAAUAUCACCCUGACAAGAACAUUGGGCAAGAGAACAUUGCAACAGAGAUCUGCAAAUACCUGCAGCAGAGAGUCAAAGAUCUGGAAGCCGGUCGGAAAACAGGCAGUCAGUCUUCUCCCAGUAAUCAAUCAAAUCCCUUUGGGGGCUUUUCUAACUUUUGGCACUCGUGGGAUAGCGAAGCAUCCAACCACCGUAGACAUCGUGAUCAUUUUUAUAAAAAGACCAGGUGUAACUAUAAUUUCUGGUCCUACCACCAAAGCCGCACACGGCCAAAUCCUGCAGAAGCUGAAAGGUGGGUCAGGCAAGCAAAGUGUGACAUAAGAGCUGCUGAGCAUAGUGUUGGUGAUCAGCAAUCAGAAUGGGUAUUCUAUAAAGUGCACCAGGCUAUAAAAAAAGCUUUAUUAGCAGUUCAGUAUUUCAGAGAUGGACGAUGCGACAAAAAAGAUUCUAUACUUUCUUUAGCGCACCAAGUGUCAACAUAUAGCCUCAGUCUCAGCAGCAUCAAUGAACAGGUGGCAGACAUGGUACAACUUGGAGUAGAUGAACUGAAGACACAGUAUCCUAAUUGCCACCAUCCACCGGGCAUUCCUAAUGACUGCAUUCCCUGCGACAAAGAAGAGGAGGUCAUUGACUUGGCCAAGAAUAUACUUAAAAAUAUAGAGACUUAUGUGUACCAGUAAUGGUUCAUUCUGAACCAGUUUCCAGAUGAUCAUUAGAACAAAUACCUUUGAGGGUAAUGUAAUGAUAAGCGCAAAAUCUAUUCCAGUUUUGGUAAUCCAUAGCAACCAGUCACAUAGCAUUUACUUUAAGAAUAUGAGAUGUCUGGAAAGAGUUCAUUGACCAUAUAAACACACAAAGUGAUUUGUAAUAUCUUUAUUUUGCAUCUUAACAGGAUUCUCUUUCGAGGAACUGAUAUUGAAUUGUUGUAUAGGUAUGGGAUCUGUAAUCCGGAAGCCCGUUAUCCAGAAAGGUUCAAAUUACGGAAAGGCCAUUUCCCAUGAAUUCCAUUAGAAGCAAAUAAUUCUAAUUUUUUUCUUUAAAAAGAUUUCCUUUUUCUCUGUAACUGUAACUUGUACUCUCAAAAAAGAUAUAAUAAAUCCUUACUGAAGGCAAAACAAUCCUAGUUAUUUUAAUUUAGAUUUAAAUUAUUUUUUAGUAGACUUAGGGUAUAGAGAUUCAAAUUUACAGAAAGACCCCUUAUCCGAAAAACCCCAGGUCCCGUGGAUUCUGGCUAACAGGUCCCAUACCUGUACUAUAGUGUCUGUAGGUCUGUAAGUUGAACCACUUUGGUUCAGAUCUGAAGAACUUGUAGCUGAAUUGUAAACUAUGCAGCUAUGCACUUCUGUAAAAAAAUAUGUACAUAUAUAUAUAUAUAUGUCUAGAUGUUUGAGAAAUAAUAUUGAUGUAGAUUUGUUUUAUAAUACAGGUAGCUUUAUAGUUGGGGCCCACUGAUAUGCUUUUUAAACAAAGCAACCAAUCAGAUUUUUUUAAGUUGGAGUAGACUGAUUGCUGAUUGGUUUAUACGGCCAAUGGCCACUUAAUGCCUAUAUUAGUAAAUCAGCCCCAAAGAGCCCCACAUCAUUAACUGUUAUACAUAUAUUUAUUUAACAUAUAUACUGCACAAAAUAGAAGUUAGGCUGAUUUGUAGUUGCUAAACAAGUUACAAGUAUUCACCCAGUGUUUAAUUCCUGAUCAUAUCAUUUUUACAUUAGGUACAACUAUCCAAUGAUUUGACCAUGGAACCAUGAUUAAUAAACCAAAUUACAACUGUCUC